AUGUCUCAGCAACAUAUCCAGAAGCCUCAACAAACACCAAAACCCCAACAGACACAUGUCCAGCAAGUAUCUUUUUCACAGGUACAGCAACAACAACAAGCCCCUCAACAAAUGCGCCAAGUUGGACAACAACUACAAGGGCCACAAAGUUCACAAAUUUCACAUAAACUUCAACAAAUUACACUACAGAGCCAACAGAUACCCCUACAGACACAAUUACAACAUUCUAAGCAAGUGCAAACAACUCAAAUUCAGCCUCAGUCUCAACAGAUUCCUCAACAACAACAGAUUAAUCAGAGUCAAAUGAUUCAUAAAAAUAUUCAACAAGUAAAUCAUAUGGGGAAAAUGAUUCCUCAGCAAACUCUUAAUCAAAGACAACAGUUAAACCAACAAAACCAACAUGUUCCACAGCAACAGCAACAUCAACAACAGAUACAACAACAAUUAGCCCAAGCUAGCCAACUUCGUAAACCAAUGUCUCAACAAAUUCUACAACCAAAUCAGAGUAUAUCUCAACAAAAUGAAGAACUAACUCAGAAGUUGGGAAUAAGUCAAUCAAAUUCCCAAAUGUCUGUAUCUCAACUUAAAAACCAACAAGUAAUUCAACCACAACAGCCACAACACAUGCAACAAGCUGGCCAGAAAUAUCAACAACCUCAACAUAUGAUGCAAUCUCAGCCACAACAAUUGCUAAUGCAAAAUAAUCAACCCAUUAUGUAUCAGCCAAGUUAUUCACAGGCGCAAAAUUUGAACGCUAUGCAAAUUCAUCAAACUGUAAUGCAAAUUCCAACUAACACUGUUACGUCUACUCAAAUGCAUAUACAGCAGCAACAGCCAGAGGGUCAAUCUAAUAUGAUGCGGCAACCUCAAAUGUCCAUUAGGCCACAACAUAUUAUCAUACAACCAAUUCCUAUGUUUCAACAACAAAUGACAUAUUCACCACAACAUGUGAAUAUUAACACAAACUAUGCUAACAGUAUGCACAAUUGUUAUACUUCCCAACAACAAAUAGCUACAUCAUACAUACGUUCAAUAAAAACUGUAGAAACUGUCAAAAAAAAAGAAGACAAUUACACUGAAGUUGUUGAUAAUGGAACAACUAACAACGCAACUACCACUGUAGAAAUUGAUUACAAAAUUGAACAAACUAUAGAUUUGGUCAAAAGCCAUCUCGUAUAUGCUGUGAGUAAAGAAGUAGAAGUAUUAAAAGAGAAGAUUGCAGAGCUAAUGGAUAAAGUUGGACAACUAGAAACAGAAAACUCUAAUCUUAGGAUGCUUGUAAGACCAGACAUAUUAGAACAAUACAAUCGUGAAAAACAAAAAUCUACAAAUGGUCAGUCUACUCGCAAUCAAUAG